AGCACGCGCGGUUCCUGGUCCUCUAUUUCCACGCCAACGCCGAGGAUCUCGGCCUCUGCUACUCGUUCUGCAAGAUCAUGCGGGACCUCUUCAUGGUCCACGUGCUGGCCGUGGAGUACCCGGGGUAUGGUAUCUGCGCCGGCACGACCGACGAGGCGGGCAUCAUGGCCAACGCGCAGGCCGCCAUGUACUUCGCGAUGGAGGCGCUGAAGUGGCCCAGCGACGGCAUCAAGCUCUUCGGGCGGUCGAUCGGCACGGGCCCGGCGGUGACGCUGGCGACGCAGUUCCCCGUGGCCGGCGUGGUUCUGGUGAGCCCCUUCACCAGCAUCCAGGCGUUGUUCCGCCAGCAGGUGGGGCGCCUCGCCGACUUCGUCGGCGACCGCUUCAACAGCGGUGCGAGGGCCUCGAAGAUAUCGAGCUCCACGCUGAUCAUCCAUGGACAGCAGG